AUGACAACAACAGCACAAUCACAAGUACAAAUUCAACAGCAACAAUAUGAACUACAAGGACCUCAACAAAGUGUAAAAGCUUUAUUAUACCUGGCAGUAAUUUCAGUGUUCAUGAGAGCAAGUAUCGCUGUUGGACCAUCACUUCCUGCAACAACAACAACAGCAAAUUACUUGCAAUACGACAAUGUUCUAUCAACAACAGAACAAUUUCAGCCGAUAGGAGAUAAUAAUAACUCGAUGGGAGUUUUCGGAGUUGUGUUGGCUAGUGCUGCUGCUUUAUUGAAUG